GAAGGUGUCUCUCAGAAAACUUCUAUGUCCGAGGAGAUGGAACACGAGUGUAUUUUUUCACUCAAGACGAGCUACACGAGCUGUUCGCCGAGGCCGGGCUAGAGAAGGUGCAGAACCUCGUGGACCGGCGGCUCCAGGUGAACAGAGGGAAACAGCUCACCAUGUACAGGGUCUGGAUCCAGUGCAAAUACCGCAAGGC